UGACCCGCGGUGCCUGUCUGCCGCUGCCCGCGUUGCAGAGGCAGAGAGAUCCGUCGUCUCUCUCUCGCUCUCUCACACUUGCACUUUCUCUCUCUCUUCGCAACUCGCGCCCGCGCGGUCGCUUACAUGCACACAGUCAUCCGCAGCCGGAUCGCCUGUGUUCUCCGACAUGGGUUCUUCGCAGACAAAAGGGAAACAGCUUUGAAUUUUCUACCAUGCUGACCAGUCUUCUGUUAGGUCAAGGCUACAACGCCUAUGUUGUAAGUGGCUAUGCGAGCAGGGAACAGGUUAGUUACAAUUGCACCCGUAAGGUAUGCCCAUACCUACAGAAACCAGAAGAGCCAAAGCAUGAAGUCGCAUCUGAGGAAACUCAAAGAUAUCGCUUGAAACCACCUCCCGACAUCAGGAGUAAGUUUUUAUUGGAAAUGGAGGCAAGAGAACGUAAGAAGCUGGAAGAUGACUUGAAACGUCAAGAAGAAGAACGUGAUAAGAUGAUUCAAGAACUUGAGUGUCCACCGCCGGACAAAUAUUGGGGAUACAGAAUACACUCGUGGGUGGUCAUUUUACCCGUAGAAAAUAGUGGACGCAAGGAUGAAAUACUGGAACCCAUUUUCAUCGAGUCUACGUUGGGGGAAUAUUAUUAUUGUGCCGACAAUAAAACCAGUAAUCUGUACCUGGGCGUGGAAAGCAUUUGGAACGAUCAGAAUUAUUGGGUAAACAUGCAAAUCUGCACUGAUGGAUGUGCGUCUAUCGACUGGGAUCUGACCAAACCCAAGUUGUGGGAGCAUCUACUUCCCGGAGAGCCUUGGACGACACGAGGAGUAGAAGAAGAGGACGCCGAACGGGAUCUCAAUAUUCAGAUGGACAAACACUUGGACAUGCCUGCCUCUUGGGUGGAAAAAAUUUCAUUAUCUAGCGUCGCCUUUGAGAGACGCUAUCCAGGUGGAAGUAAAACAAUAUUUUACAAGAAAGCCAAAGUAGAACUGUACGCUCCUUAUGUUCAGAGGGACGGCUUGAUUCAAAAGAUUACAUUGUUCGAGGAUUACGAAUAUAUGAUCCCUACGACUAUCUAUGAAACGUUUGCUAAUCGAACUGAUUACCGAGUGAAAACGGUGAAGAAUUUAGACACCGAAUCGGUAAUUGAUUAUUACAAGAGAGGACGUCCAGAUGCGUGCAAAGUAAAUAUUUGUACAGAGCAUCGAUAUUUCCUGAGCGAUGCUGUGGAGGAUUCGGAAACUUCGUUGGACUUUUACGAUAUCGUUCGUUUGGAUGGACUAACUCGCAUUGAAAUACACCCGUCAUAUCUUGUCCAACAUUUUGUUAAUCGCAAAGAUCGCCUCUAUUAUCGAUACGUUCAGUACACCUCGGAGAAGACUACUUCGUUAAUUGAAGAAUAUUCACGGAUUGUUUGGAAAAUAACUGAGAAAUAUCAGAGAAACGAAUCUAUACCCGCUAGCAAAGACGUUUGCAUUCGCGAAUUUGCAGUAGGCGAUAACGAAAUAAGGCUGAAAUAUCAUUACGAAAGUGGCAAGGGUACCAGAGCUACUCGGACGUUUGUAAAGCCACUUCCAUCGGACAGAGGGGAACGGCUCACUUUCAAUCCUGAUAUGACAAGUGGAUAUAACCCGGACCCAAUGGCACCUCCAGAAAAAUCGUUGAUGCUCUAUUACGAACUGGAGAAGCAACUGAAGGAAGAAGAGGUAUGUAGGACAUUGAUCGCAAUUGCUGAGGAUGAAGUGAAAGCAUUUUUAAAGGGACGUUCGUUCGAGUAUUCCCUGCCCAGCUUGUCAGUAUCAUUGUUUGACAGAAAUAGAAAUGACGAGGCCAAGGCUGGAAUGUUUGCCAGGGAAGAAAUACUCAGAGCCCAAAGUAAGCGCGAAGUUGUUAGAGAAAUGGACUACUUGGGCCCAUAUCUGGCUAGCCUUGGUAAUCCUGUAUAUCUGAGCAGGACUGAAGCACUUCAAGUGCAAGAGCAAUGCUUGACGGACUUUAAACAAAAACUGAUUGAUCGGGCCAAUUGCAUAUUGGAAACAUUCGAGAAAAGUAAAGAGGAAUUAAUGCAAAAGCAGGCUCGUCAUGCCCAGGAACGAGAGUUAUCCCGAGAGGAUGAAGAAUCGUUUCAGAGUGAAAUGAACGAUGCUAUUUUCAAUCUGCACACGGUCGAAAUGCAAUUGAACCGAUACCGAGAAUUAGCUACGGAUCGAUAUCGAACGCUACUAGUCAAUCUACAAAGGGAUCCUCGUUUAUCUGCCAUCUAUCGCUCUUUCUAAAUAAAACGUAAUUUGCUUGCCAUACGAUGGCUCUCCUUUGGCUGGCUGUAAACAAAUUUACAUCAAACGUCGCUGGUGUCCAGUGCAGGUAUAGUACACAUCUCAUUCCAGCCUGAUGUAAGACUCUCGGAAGCAAUUCCCUUUGAAAUUGAAGUUUUUCGUCACUCCUGAUUUUUCUGCAAGCAUACUAUUUUCCUAAUUUACAAUAUCCAGUGACUGUGCGUAUAUACCGCAGUUAUGUAUGCUUGUUGCUGCUUGUCAUGAUAAUAUCAAAGGAAAAUGUCUACUUACAAACAUAAUGUCAGUUGCCAAACUUAGUCUAUCAAUAAAUUCUCACACGUGA